AUCUAGUACCUAUAAAAAUUUAUUGGAGAUCCCUAGUAAAUAAUUUCUUCUAAAUGAGCGUGUUUUGACUUUUUAAUUUAAAAAUGCAUCAUAAUAAAAUAAUUUGUUUUUUAGUAUUAGUAUGUUCUGUUAUUUAUAAAUGUUCCAGGGCAACAGAAGUAAAUUCUUGUUCAGAUGAGUCGUAUGCAGUGCUACCAAACAUCACAUACUCAGUUAACUCUUACGUUUGUGAAUCUACCCCAUGCAUCUGCUAUCUUGGAUGUGCUACUUCUAUCGAUUUAAAUUUUACAGCACCCAGAUACUUAGAAAAAAUGAAACCGCAAGUGCUAGCAACCUAUGCAGGAGUAACAUUAAACUAUGGUUUGAAUCAAGAUGAUGCUUGUGAUGGUUUUACAAACACCCAAUGUCCGAUUGUGAAGGAUGAAUUAGUUAAUUAUAAAUAUUUAUUAACUAUUCCUGCUAUUUUUCCAGAGGUGACUGUGACUCUAAGAUUUUCUUUAAUAGAUAAGGAAGUAAAUAAAGACUUCGUUUGCUUCGAGUUUGAUAUUAAAGUGCAGAGAGAUACUUGUCCUACAUAGAUAUAAGUUAUGCAAAUUGCAUUAAAUAAAGAAAAACUGGUUGCCAAAUA